GCUGCAGGUGGACAUGUUAGCGCGCAGCGCAGCGCCGAGGCCUGCAGCAGGCAGACCUCCUCCUGCCCGCCGCCCCCUCCGGCGUCCGCCGCGCCGACUCCCGGGGCACUAACAGGGCAGGGGCCCCUCGGAGGGGCCGCCGCUGACCCCGCCGCCUCGGGGCGAGCCCCGCGGUGCUCCCCGCAGCACCCGGCAGCGCCGGCCCGGCCCGGCCCCGCGGCCUGCCCUCACAUAGGCGCCCCGCGCGGUGCCUCCGCCGCCGCUCCGCUCGCCGCCCAGCAGCCGGGCCGCCACCGGCCGCUGCGCAUCGGCCCCCGCUUCCCGGCUGCGGCAGGGAGCGGCCGCCCGGGCCGCCGCAGGGCGAGGCGGCGGCGGCCCGGCGAGCCCGCCGGUAGCUGGGGCAGGCAGUCUGCGCGGCCGCCCCGGGAGGAGGGCGCGCUGCAGGGAGGCGGCCGGGCGGCAGCGGGAGCACACGGCGGGGCCGGCGGCGUGCGCGGGUGGCGGGCUGGCUGGGCUCCGUCCCGUCGCGGGGCAGCGGGCGCCAUGCGGGUGGUGGCUCUCAUCAGUGGUGGGAAGGACAGCUGUUAUAAUAUGAUGCAAUGUGUUGCUGCUGGGCAUCAGAUUGUUGCUCUAGCCAAUUUAAGACCUGCUGAAAGCACAGGGCAGACUGAUGAAUUGGACAGCUAUAUGUAUCAGACAGUUGGACACCAUGCCAUUGAGCUCUACGCUGAUGCAUUGGAUUUGCCACUCUAUCGCUGUGUCAUUAAGGGUACCACCGUAAAUAGUGGAAGAGUGUAUACUGCGUGUCAGGAGGAUGAGGUUGAAGACCUUUACCACCUCUUGAAACUUGUUAAGGACAAAGAAGGAGUGGAGGCUGUAUCUGUGGGAGCUAUUCUUUCUGACUACCAGAGAGUUCGAGUUGAAGAUGUAUGCAGAAGGCUUAGUCUUCAGCCUUUAGCUUAUCUUUGGCGUCGAAAGCAGGAGAUACUGCUUAAAGAAAUGAUAUCAUCUAACAUUCAAGCCAUAAUCAUAAAAGUAGCGGCUUUUGGUUUAGAUCCAGAUAAGCAUCUAGGAAAAACAUUGGAUCAAAUGGAGCCUUAUCUUUUGGAGCUUUCUGAGAAAUACGGAGUCCACGUUUGCGGAGAAGGUGGAGAAUAUGAAACAUUCACUCUGGACUGCCCUCUGUUUAAGAAGAAAAUUGUUGUAGAUUCAGCAAAGGUGGUUGUGCAUUCAGCUGAUGCAUUUGCACCUGUGGCUUACCUUCGUUUUUUAAAAUUGCACCUGGAGAAUAAGGUGGAGUAUUCAGAUAUGUUCAAGGUCAGUAGCUGUUCUUGUGACAUAACCUGCAAUGAUGGAGACAUUUUACCUUCAUCAGAAGUGGAGGAACCACAGAAAAUCAUUCCAAUCAUCUGGAAGUCUUUGAAGCAUAAUUCUUUGGAUUUCACUAAGACAUUUGAAAGCUCAGGAAAAUCCAGGAAUGGUUACCAGUGGUUUUCAGGUAUCACUGCACAUUUUCUUCCAUCAGAAGGCAAAACCACACAAGAGGCAACAAGGGAAGCGUUUUCUUCUCUCCAAGCUAAUAUGACUUCACUGGGAUUGAAACUAAAGGAUAUUAUUUUGGUUCAUCUGUAUGCGAAGAACAUGAAAGAUUUCAAUGUUAUAAAUUCAGUUUAUGUGACAGAAUUUGAUUUGUGUCCACCAGCAAGAGUGUGUGUGGAAACUCUGUUACCUGAUGGAGUACUAUUUUGCAUUGAUUGCCUUGCACAUAGCAAUGACAUCGCAACAGAUGGCAUGUUAAGUGAUGAAAAACUGGUCUUGCAUGUACAGAGCAUAUCCCACUGGGCACCUGCAAGCAUAGGACCUUACAGUCAAUCCAUCAAGGACCUGACAUAUAACUCUGGGAAACUAGCAGUUGGGCAGAAUUAAAUUUUUACAUUUACCACUGCUCUCAUCGCGCUUUCGAUACUUGUGUGGAUAGUUUAAGAUGAUACUGAGAGAGAACUGUAUGGUCCUUUUGCCCUCAUGCUUGGAGAUGUACUUUGUAAGCAGACUUUCAAAGUGUUCUAAUUAUAUCCUUCUAAUACAAGUACCUGAGAGUCUCUAGGCUAUAUUCUGUCUGGGAAUGUGCAGUGAUGGUGGUUUGCUUUCAUCCAGGCCUUUGUUCAACAGCGGACACAGUUUGUGCUGGUCGUUGAUAAACUUAGCUUAGUAUUUUUACUAAAUAUAUUUCAUAUUUUUACUUCUCACUCUUUUUUAUCGUAGUAUUAUUUUAUUUACAUGCUUUAAUUCUGUUUUACUAGUGGAUUAGUGUCAAGACUAUCUGUAAUUGAUAGUUUGUAUGGAAACGGCUUCCUUAUAAUCUUCACAAAAGCUAACAGGACUGUUGUGUAUUAAGGAGGUAAACACGAAGAUCCAGUGUUAGUAGUGAGAAAUUUAGACUGAGUUUAUUCAUGAUUACGUAUUUUGUGAUUACAUUCUUUGAACAUUUAAUAACUGUAAGCAUAGGUCAUAAAAACAAACAAAAAACAGCCCAGUGCAGCACUGAGAUACUAACCACAAAUGCUUAUCUAUGAAUGCAUGGAAACUUGAUAGUGUUUUUACCAGAUUUUCUUCUAGUAAGUUAAUUUAAUUUAAAAGUAUAUGUGAACUUAUAGGUUUUUUGUUUUGGCAAAGUUUCUUAAUGUUUUUUUUUUUCUAUCUGGAAACGAACAAGAGAACUGCAACAGUAGAAUUAAUUGUACUCAUAUUCUACAAUAAGUGUUUUUUCCUUUUAUUUUUUUCUGAUCAUCGAUGCAUAACAAAUUAAAGGAUAAGUACUGUGGGAACAGUAGUAGGAAUAAAGAAUCUUGUGUCUGAUUAAAGGCAGUGAUACUUGCAGUAGUUCUAAUGUUUCCCUGCUAAGACUCCAUUCUUUCUCUUACUGUAAAACUGAAAAUGGUCCAAUACAGUUUAGUGCACAGUCUGUAUCAUAUGGCUUUAAAAAGAGAAAGUGGUGUUGGAAAUAGCUUUGUCUAUUAUUUUCCUAGGACAGAUUACCUGGCUGCUUAAUCUUACUGGUUGCAGUUUUCCAAAAACAUCCUAAGCUGUUAUUAAACAAAUUGCAUAUUUUAAUGAAUCCAUGCAUUUAGGGGUGCAUAGGUUAUCCUUGUAAGAGGAUGCAUAGGUUAUCCUUGUAAGAAUAUCAGCUGAAGAAGGAUGAAGAUGUACAGAUAUUAGAAACAUUUUAUUAGCAAAUCAGAGAUUAAAAAGAUCAUAGU